CUCUCUCUCUCUCUCUCUCUCUCGCUUUCGUCGCCUCGUUGCUCCUUCUGCGACUUUUACACAUGUCAUUCUUUAACCCGAGCUCCCGGGAGCGAAUUUACCGACAAUGACAUAGCCGACUCGCACACAGGUAGUUGUUUGGUGUUUCAAAAAGUCGCAGGCCAAAGUGUCUCAACUGUGUGCUCGGACCCGCGGACCGAGACAUGGCUGAAAUCGUCGCCGUCAACGCCGGUUUGCCGUCUCUCUCCGCCAUGAACGUCACCUUCCGGGUGCAGGAGGACGCCGCCGCCACCGCUGCCGCCGCCGCCAGCAGCAGCAGCAGCAGCAGCGCUCCUCCAGCGCCGCUGAGCAGCGAGGACUACCUGUUCGUGGAGGCCAGGCACCCCGGAACCGUCCUGCAGGGCCUGAACAGCCUGCGGCUCAACAACGCCUUCUGCGACGUGACCCUGUGCUGUGGCGGGCAGGAGUUCCCCUGUCAUCGCAUCGUGCUGGCCUCGUUCAGCUCCUACUUCCAGGCCAUGUUCUCCACUGACCUGAUAGAGUCCAAACAGGAGAGGGUCGCCAUCAACGGGGUUGAACCUCAGAUGAUUGGCAUGCUGGUGAGCUACGCCUACACGUCAGAGGUCUACAUCUCCAAGGCCAACGUGCAGGCCCUGCUGGCGGCGGCCAACCUGCUGGACGUGAUGGCCGUCAGGGAGGCCUGUUGCCGCUUCAUGGAGCGCCAGAUGGACGAGAUGAACUGCGUGGGGAUUCACUGCUUCGCCGAGGCCCACUCGUGUAAGGUGCUGGAGAAACGCAGCAUGGACUACAUCCUGGAACACUUCGGCAGUGUUUAUCAGCAGGAGGAGUUCCUGUCGCUGUGUGUGGACAAACUGACAGAAAUCAUUGGCAGUGACCAUCUCAACGUGCCUAAAGAGGAGAUGGUGUUUGAGGCUGCCAUGUUGUGGUUGAAUAAAUGUCCCUCUCUCAGACAGAGCUUCGAAAAGGUCCUGGAGCAUAUCCGCCUGCCUCUUAUCAGCCCGUACUACCUCCACGAUGUGAUCGAGUCUCUGGAUGUGGUGAAGGAGAACCAGGGCUGCCAGAGGCUCAUCUCUGAGGCCAAGGACUACCUCCUGCUGAAGGAUCGCCGUGGAGAGCUCUACUGCCCCAGAGCGAGACCGCGAAGGUCCACAGGGACAGCUGAAGUGAUAGUGACAGUCGGUGGGGAGGACGACAAGGUGGUGCUGCGCAGCGUCGAGAGCUUCGAUCCUCUGACGAAUCAGUGGAAGAAUCUGGCCUGUCUGCCCUUCGCCGUGAGCAAACACGGGCUGGUUGUGUCGGACUCGACUCUGCAUUUGGCAGGAGGGGAGUUUCCUGAUGGCUCAGCCAGCAGGGAGAUGUGGCGCUAUGACCCCUGCUUCGACUCCUGGAUUGAGAUGGCCCCCAUGAAUGUAGCUCGAUCGGAGUUAGGCCUGGUGAUGCUGGACGGCUUUGUGUAUGCAGUGGGAGGGUGGGAGGGAAGGUCGCGUCUGGACUCAGUGGAGUGCUACAACCCCCACACCAACUGCUGGCAGUUCACAGAGUCUGUCAAGAUGGCCGUCACAAGUCCUGCUGUGGUGGCCCUCGAUGGACUGCUCUACGUUACCGGUGGUGCAGUUCUAGAGGACGGGGAUGGAACAGACCUUGCCCAGGUGUACAACCCUAAAACCGCAGUAUGGACAGAGGUCACCCCGAUGCAGAUCGCUCGCUCUGGUUCAGCAGCCUGUACACUCAAAGGAAAGCUCUAUGUUAUAGGCGGAUGGCAUGCCUCGACGGAGAACACGGAUAAGGUGGAGUGUUACAAUCCCAAGACCAACCAGUGGACCAUGUGCGCUCCAAUGAAAGAACGACGCUACCGACCUGGUGCUGCUGUGGUGGAUGGAAAGAUCUACGUCCUGGGUGGAGAAGAAGGCUGGGAUAGAUAUCAUGACACUAUUGAGAGGUACUGUGACGAGACGGACACCUGGGAGAUUGUCGGCGAGAUGCCCACCAGUCGCAGCUGGCUCAGCUGUGUCUCUCUCCAGCUGAGGAAGGACAUCCACAUGAGCAACUGUCCUGGGACGCCAAACGACAACUGAAGGAAUCUGGAGGAAUCUCUCCUGGUCAUAAUUUGCACCCUCCUCUGGGACAUUGCACUACAAAGCUCAGAGCUGUGAAAACAGCCAACUGAGAAACGAUGCCUGGAUUUGGCACAGCGCUGUUUGAGCUGUUACUGGCGGCAAAGAGUAGUGAUUUUUAAGAAGAAAAAAAUGUGAUAGGUUGUGGAACGAGUCUCACUAACUUGGGUCCCUCCUUUGGUGUGGAGACAAAGGAAAGGUCGCUAACACAUGAUCUCAAGUAACUGUGAUGGAUAACUCAGUCAGCAAUCUGAACUCUCUUUCUGUAUGUGUGAACAUGUUUAGGGUUUUGUUUUAUGUCUGAGCACCUCAAAUCUGUGAAGAUUAUCGCAGCCAACAUAGUGUAUUUUUGUAUCAUUAUUAUGUCAUGUAUUUAUUGGGGUGUGACUAGCUGUGAGAAUGACCUUUUUAAAAUAUAUAUCAUAAACAUUUUUGCUCUAUCAAAAGAUGCUCUGUGGGCCAAAGAAUCGAAUUGUGAAAAAGUCCAAAGUUUACAUGUGAAAAAUGUCUUCAUGAGUUUUUGUAAUUGAAACUUUGUAAGUUUUAAAUGAUUGUCUUUACAACCUGUAACCUGUUGAGCAUAUUUUUGUAAUGUAGUGUGCGUCAUGCAUUUCAGUGAAUAUAAAUGGAAUUGGGUUCUAAUAAAGAUGUUUAAUUCUUUA